AGAAGAAGGAGGAGGAGGAGCGUUCCCAAGAUGGCAGACGAGUGGACUGACUUGCCUUGAAAGCAACUUUGAUAUUAUUGAACAAGCUACGCAACAGUGUACUGUGCAAUCAAAAUCAAUGCAUAAGCAGAUUAGAAAGUCAUUACUAUUUACUACAAAAUGCCUUUGUUUGGCAACACAUUCAGUCCCAAGAAAACACCACCUCGGAAGUCAGCAUCCCUUUCCAAUCUACAUACAUUGGAUCGGUCUACACGGGAGACAGAGAUAGGUCUGGAGUAUGGAGCCCCAGUAAUGAAUAUUGGUGGUCAGACCUUCAAAUUUGAAGAUGGCCAGUGGAUCACAGAGUCAGCAAGUAAUGUAUCAGGAAAAGAGGUACAGAGGUUGAAGAAGAGGAAUCUACAGUUAGAAGAGGAGAAUAAUCUUCUUAAGAUAAAGAUUGAGGUUCUUCUUGAUAUGCUUUCAGAAUCAACAGCAGAAACACAUCUAAUACUGAAGGAACUUGAAGAUAUAAAGAAUAAUUCUCGAAGAAAGAAAUGACACAAGGAAAUAAAGGCCUCACUGAUGAACUCUUUUAAAGUUCUUGUUUUUUAAAGGGAGUGUGCUUAGUAGAUUUUUUAAAUACUCUAUUUAAAUAUGUUAAACAAUUGAAUAGGUUUUAUGUAAUUGCCUUUGUCACUUUUAGGUCACUUUUUUAAUUUUCCAUUUCAUUGCCAAUUGAAUGAAUAAACAAAAAUAUUUAGGUUGACGUCAUGUCAUAUAAUCUUUGCAUAGCCUUCUAAAUAUUGUUUUCUCUUUUCUAUGCAUUGUUUUAUUAGUCUUAAAGCAUCUACAUUGUGUAUUCAAGCAAAAUACCUUCAUGACUUCCCUCGUCAUGAAACAGGGGCAUUUUAAUUAAUCAAAAUGGUCUCAGAUUACAUUAAAAGCAGCUUUAGUUUACUGAGCUUCAUGUUUAGAAUACAAUAACUUGUCACAUUUAAACCCAGUUAUACCUAAUCUUCAUUUCCACAGCCCCAGGAAGUGCUCUUGAAAGUCCUUAAACCACUCUGCAUGUGUAGAUUUAAAUGUGUAUUCAAAUCUCAGGAAACAUUACACUCUUUCUUUGGUUCAAGAGUACGAUUAGCCAAGAGCUGUGAAGGUUUAAGUAUUACUUGCAGAUUUAGGGAGAUUUUCUUAUGGCAUGUACCCUUCUUUGGUUGCACAAAAUUACUACACAUUUUUUAACUAAUACAUUGACAUGAAACCAUUCUGUUGUAAAAAAUAAAAUACAAAAUUAU